ACAGGUGACAAGUGAAGCUAUGGCGUUUGCUUUGCAUAACUAUGUUCUUGCUAUUUUGCUUUUGGCCAUAAUCCCAUUUGAGUGCACCUAUGGCUCCCAUCACCAUCACCACCAACACCAACACCUCAAAUCCCUUCACUUCUCGUUGUUUCAACAUGAAACCAUAAACAAAACAGGAUAUAUUAUAGUGAAUGGUGUGGAAGGAGGGACAGGAAUCACUGAAACCACAACCCCUUUUGGUACCAUUUUUGUCUUUCAAGACCCUUUGACUGUCACAGCCAACAGAUCCUCAAAACUAGUUGGAAUUGCUGAAGGAACUUCCAUCACCUCUAGCAUGGAUGGGCUUCUCAGCAUUUCAAUAGCCAAGCUAACUCUGCGUCUAAAGCAUCACAAGGGGUCCGUUUCCAUUGUUGGAGGCACAAAUAAUAUCAAGGCUUCAGAUCAUCCAGUAGUAGGAGGCACUGAAGAUUUCUUGUUUGUGCAAGGCUAUGUUACCUCUUCUCCAGUUGAUCUAAAGGGUCUUACAGUUGUUUACAAAAUUGAAUUUCAUCUUUACUGGCCUCCAUAUGCAACUCAUGCCUCUUAAAAGGGCACUGGCAUGCACCAUCAAAAAAUACCCCAGUUGCAAUGCAUCACAUCUUUUUUCUUUUCUUUUUAUUUUCUUACAUUAUGCCACAUUGCUUCAGUGUGAAUUGAAUUUCUUGCUAGUCAGUAACUUGUAUGUUGGUAAGGUAUCAUUUGCUUGUCUACUGGUGCCAUCUUAGUACUUUUUUUUUAUUUUUUAUUUUAGUAUUAAUUAGAACUCUGUUUGUUCUUAGUUGAAAACUCAUGUAUUACAAAGCUUCCUGGGAGCAGUUUCUGAAUAAACAUGACUUAGUAUCAAAUAGUUUUGGCAGAAAGAAGGAUGAGAACUACACUGUAGCAGUGUGGGCAAAGGCCGAGAUAAAUAUGAUCAUUCUCAAAAUUGUUAAUGAGACAAGAAAGCAGACUAUUAGGUUCAAAUUAAAAGCAAUGUAUUCACACUCACGA